AUGACUCGUCAAUUUAGAGAGGCUCUUUUUAAGUGGAAGUAUGAUGAAAACGAAGCAUCCCAAGAGGGAAAGACUGUAUUCCAUGCAAGAAAGGGCGAUGAGAAUAGAGCAGCAGAUGCUAGAGGUUUGGUGAGAUCUUUUCAAUGGGAUCCACAAGAAUCAUUUGCUUAGCAUGAUGUUUCAGAAUUUUGCAGAGUACUGUUUGAUGCAAUCUAAUAAUCAGAUGAUUAGGAUUUCAUCACUCGUCUAUAUCAAUCUUGCUCAUAAUCCUACGUGCAAUGUUUAAAAUGCUAAUAGGAGAGUGUGCAGAAUGAAAUUUUCUUGGAUCUUUCACUCACUGUCAAAAGUGACUUUUUAAAUGUUUACAACGAGUCACUUGAGAGAGCACUAUACUAUUAUAUAAAGCCUGAGAAAUUGGAAGGAGAUAACAAAUACCUCUGCUAAAAUUGCAAUGAUAAAACCGACGCCAACAAAGGAUUUAGAUUAAAAUCACUAUCGGAUAUAUUCACCAUUCAAUUAAAUCGUUUUGAGUUUGAUAUGAAUACAUUCGAGAGAAAGAAGGUCAAUGAUUAUGUUUCCUUCCCCUUUGUUUUAGAUAUGAACAACUUUCUCAAACCAUAUGAUUAAAUCCUCAUUGAAGAUCAUCCAGAUCUAUUAGAAGAAAGAGAGAAAUUGAAAUAGCAAUAUGAAAAAGAGAAAUUAUAAAGUUGCUUCAGUGAUCCCUUGAGAAGAAAGAAUAGAAAGCCUUCUCCAGACGAGAGAGAGGCUAGAAGGUCCAUUUCAAUGACACUCCGCAAAUAGUUCCACCUGAUGAUAAAGCCUAAUUCAAAAAAAUUCUAACAAAAGUUUUAAAGUCUAAAAUCAAAUAAUACUUCUCAAACUCAAUUUACUUCUUAAACCAUACCAAAUAAUCCGAAUUUAAUUUUGACAGCUGAUGAAGCCUAUGAUAUUGAUAAUGAUUUUCUAUUUGGAGGCAAUUUGGAUGGACUAGGCGAUCUAGGAGAAGGCACUGCUGCCAAUACAGUCAAGGCUAUUAAGGAAGUACAAGGAAGUGUUAAAACUUAGAAUUAUGAGGAAAAAGAUAUUCAAGAAAGAAUUGAAAAUGAAUCACACAAUUUAUCAAUUAAAUAGAAGAUCUAAGAGCUGUUGCAAAAUGGACCAAAUGUUUACGAAUUAUAUUCAGUCAUGAUUCAUUCAGGAGGUGCAUUAGGAGGACAUUAUUAUGCAUAUAUCAAAUCUUUUGAAAAUGGAGAUUGGUAUUGUUUUAAUGACUCUACAGUCUCAAAAAUAUCAUGGAAGACAAUCUUAUCUAUGUUUGGAGACAAAUAUCCAAAAUACAAUAUGGGAAGUAGUGCUUACUUCUUGAUGUAUCGAAGAGCUGGUGAAGAACUAAGCACUUAAAAGCCUGAAAUUUAAGAGCAUUUGAAAAAAGAAAAAGAGGAGAAGUGGGAAAGAGAAAAGAAAGAAAGGGAAAUGGAAUUAAAAAUUAGAUGUUUCUAUAAAAAUAACGAUGCUGUUAUAAAAACAAGGAAAGAUACACUUUUGAAGGAUUUCAAAUAAUUAGUAAGGCAAGAAUUGAAAGUAUAAGAAGAUGACGAGAAUACAAGAAUAAGAUUCUUUAAUCAUAUUGAUUCAAUUCCUUAAGAUACAUUUACAAAUAAGGAGAAUGAAAUUCUGCAAGGAUUAUAUUUUAAUGAUUACAAAUCUGUACUUUUAGAAACCAAAGCUCCACAUGAAUAAUUCUAGGAGUACGAUGCUCAUUUAAUGUUGAUAAAACUAUGCGUUUGGAGAAAUGAUAUUGAGUCAUUGGAUGAACAUGAAUUGAAGCCUAAUAAGUUUUUCAUAAGGGAUGAUAAAACGGUUGAAUAAUUUAUGGAUGCUAUAACUCAACGAUUAGGAGUACCCAAAGAUAAAUAAAUAAUCUUACAGAAGAAUUUAAUUAAUGGAGCCGCCAAUUAUUCAUUUAGAAUGAAUUAGUAACAUUAAUUAGAAUACACCCUUUAUGAUCUUAAAAUCGGAAGAAAUGUGACAUUGUAUUUGGAAGAAAAGCAAGAUGAUCCUGAUCUUCCAUUAAAUUGGGAUUAAAAAUUUGAAUGCGAAAAACAUAAAUGUCGAGUGACUUUUAAUGAUCCCAGAAAACAAUUACUACACUCAGAAACUCCUGAUUAUUGUUUUGAAUUGUAAAUAGAUAAUAGAAAAACAAUGUAAGAGUUGAAAGAGAGAAUGAGUGAUUUCUUGGGUUUGGAUAUUGAUUCAUUCAUUUAUUUGACUACUACAAUAAAAAACAAUUAAGCCAUAGGUCGAGCUGCCUUUUGUCUAAUGAUGGGUAAACCUUCCACUAAAGGGACAUACAAAAUAAAGUUUGGCAUCGGAGGUCUUUCUCCAAAAUACUCUGAUACGAUUGAAUUUGAAUAUUAAGACUUGUUCGAAAUGGAAAUCAAUUCAGAAUGGUAUGUUCGGGAACUCAAAGAGAAACUUUGUUAAAGAUUGGAGGAAUAAAAAUAAAUUGUGUUACAACCAAACUUUAUGAGAUUGAGAUACAAACUAAAUACAAAACUCAGCUAAAUUUAUCAUAAUGAUUAAAUAUUAAAAAAUAUACGAAUCUUUGAUAAUCAAACUAUUAUUAUUGAAAAGUUGGAUAAGGAAGAUUAAAUAAAAGAAAAUUAACUAUUAGGAUAUGUGAGAUUUUAUAAUCCAAAAGACUUUACUCUUUCAUUUCCUCCUUAAGAGAUAUUUUUGAAUAGCACUGACACUAUGCAUGAUGUAUCAACUAUUAUUUCAAGCAUGUUUAAUAUCAAUUAAGAUGCAAUUGAAGCAAUUAAAAUAAAUAAUAUCUUCAGUUUUACAAUUACUGAUUUAGUGACUGCAAGCUUUGAUUGGUAAUUACUUAAAUUCAACUAAAAUGUCGUCAGCAAAAGUCCAUGGUUCCUUUUAAAAGAUUCCUAUUUCAUUAUUGUUCGAGAUGCAAGAGAGGUUCCAAAAGAUAUGACUGAAUUAAGAUAAAAAGUAGAUUAGAUUCUAGCCAAAUCCUCGGAUCCUUCUAAAAUGCAAUAAAAAAUACCUCCUUAAUCUACAAAACCAAAGGAGAAGGCGUUGAAAAUCACAGUCGUUAAGAAAUAAGAUGAAUUAGCAAAAUAGGAGGAGUUAUAAAAAUAAUAAGAUGAUCUAAAAGAAGAAUAACAACUUAAAGAGGACGAGAAGGAACAGCCACAAUAAAAAGAUGAGAAUUAAGAUAAUACAAAUGAGACUGCUAAAACUGAAUAAUAAUAAGAUUGA